GUCAUUUGUCAAAAAUUUCUGAAAUGUCAAAAUUAUUUUGGCUUGUAAACUUGGAAAUUAAAUUUUAUAUUUUUUCAGCUGUUAAAGAGUAAUUAUUUCCUUUUUGUUUGGUCUAUCCUAUAAAUACUUAAAAAGAUAUAGUGUAUUUUGUUCGUAAAAUACACUAUAUGUUGCAUUGACCUAUUAACUUAAGGUUAACAAAGAUAUGGCACUUCCAGCUAACUACAAACAAGUGGCAAUACAAGUGCCAAAUUCCCAGUCCUCAAACCAUUUGCUGUCGGCAGGCGCUCCCAUGACUUUCAACAUAUUGAAAGAACGACUAAGAGCUUCAGGAGGAGCUAGUUCUGCUACAUCAAAAGAGACAAAUCCUUUUGUUGCGUCCACAAAUGGGCAUCCAGGAUUCGUACCACAAAAAAUCGGAAAAAACACUGCAAAAAAUGAAUCUAAAACACCAAAACCUCCCAAGGCACCAGAAAAACCCUUAAUGCCAUAUAUGAGAUACAGUCGAAAGGUAUGGGAUGCUGUUAAGGCUCAACAUUCUGAUCUAAAGUUAUGGGAAAUUGGAAAAAUUAUCGGACAAAUGUGGAGGGAUUUGCCGGAAGAAGAAAAGAAUGAAUUCCACGAAGAAUACGAAAACGAAAAGAUUGAAUAUGAGAAAACAUUGAAAACUUAUCACAGUUCUCCAGCAUAUAUCGCGUUUAUGGCUGCGAAAAAUAAAGGAAAAUCGGUUACACAAGGUACAGAUGGAGAAACGCACGAGAGGCAGAGCAGUUCAGCCAAACAACAAGCAGCCGCUGAUAGAAGAAUUGAAAUUCAACCAGCAGAAGACGAAGAGGAUCAAGACGAUGGUUAUUCUGUAAAACACGUAGCUCAUAGCAGAUAUUUGAGAAAUCAUCGUCUAAUCAAUGAAAUAUUUUCUGAGAGCGUCGUACCAGAUGUUAGAUCGGUAGUGACGAUAGGUCGUAUGCAAGUAUUAAAAAGACAAGUGCAAUCGUUAACUAUGCACCAGAAAAAGCUCGAAGCCGAAUUGCAACAGAUAGAGGAGAAAUUUGAGGCCAAGAAGAGGAAAUUUAUUGAGAGCAGUGAACAAUUUCAAGAAGAAUUGAAAAAGCAUUGUAAACCUGCAGUAGAUGAAGAAACUUUUCAAAAAAUGGUGGAAAGGCAGUAUGACAUACUGAAACGGGACAGGAAUAAGACGCAAGAAGAUACAAAACCGAAAAUUGAAGAGAACGGCCACGAUAGUCCUGCCCCAUCUACUCCGGCACAAGAACAUGGAAACGGUCAUUCUGAGCCUAUGGAUCGAGACUGUGAGAAAAUGGACCAAUCUCAACAUGGUCCACCUGCACCAACAGCAACAAACGGUCCUUCGCCGCCCCAUGCAGAAAAAACCACACCCUCGGAACAACCACUCGCCUCUCACUACGCCCAUCCAGAUAAUUCCCAAACACCAUCCAUGCAUCCUUCUCACGAGCCAUCACCGCCCCUUAACGCCGGAAAUUUACACCCUCACGCCGCACCACAUCAGGUUGGCGGUCCACAUCAUUUGCCACAACAACCACCGAUAGCCAAUCCUCCGACAGCAUCAAAUGUUCCACCAAGUCAACAUGGUCCUAUGCCGCCACAUCCACCUACAACACAAGGACCUCCGCCUCAUCAAAGCCCUAUGAUGCCGCCUCAACAAUACCCUCAACAAUAUCCGCCACCAGGUCCUAAUCCUCAGUCGGUACCGUUACCAGCUAGGCCACCACAUCCAGGUUAUGUGGGUUACCCCCCUCAACAACCUUACCCUUCUCAUCCUCAAGGAGGUUAUCCACCGCCCGGACCUCCUCCUGCCGGUGGUCAGUACCCACCUCAUCCCGGAUACUAUCAUCAGCAAUAUCCACAGUAUCCUCCUCCUCAUGGCGGUAGACCUGGACAUCCAUAUCCUGGUGGUCCAGCGCCCGGUCAUGGCGGUCCUCCAUCGGAAGGACAAACAGGUCCGCCGCCACAGGAAGGACAAAUGUAUGGACCACCGACCACCGGUGCUCAACCUUCAACGGACGCAGAUAGGGGCCAGUCAGAUGACGGACAAGGUGGUGAUGAAGGAAAAAUGGAUUAUCGAAUUUCCGAGAAGGAAGAAAAGUAGAAUGGAUGGAGAUAGUCUAAGGGUCGUAACAUUUUUAUACAAUAAUUAUUUUGAAUUAUAAGCAUUAAAAACCAAUUAUAUAUAUAAAA